AUUGCUGCAAAAUUUGGUGGAUUCAUCAGUGAAGAUAAGAAAAUAGAGACCAUGGGAAAUCUUCUAAUCCUUUUUACAGUUUCUUUGUGCCUCUGCCUCUUCGUAGCUUUGCUCUAUGUUUUGUACAAGUAUUGGUGGGUACCUCAUCGUGUACAGUUCAUCAUGAAUUCACAGGGGAUCAGAGGACCUCCGUAUGAAUUUAUCCAUGGAAACAACAAAGAAGCUCUCCAAAUGCAGAAGGAAGCAUCUAGCAAACCUAUGGCCUUGACACACGAUAUAUUUCCCAGAGUACUGCCUCAUGAUUACUCCUGCAUCAAGAAAUACGGGAAGAAUUAUCUUAGUUGGAAAGGAGUUCGAGCAGAACUGGUAAUAACAGACCCAGAACUGGUGAAAGAGGUGCUGAAAAACAGUGAAAAAGCUUUUUCAAAGCCGAAGACUUCAUAUUUCUUUAAGAAGCUACUAGGUGACAGCAUUCCUACAAUCAAAAGUGAGAAAUGGGCAAGGCAUAGGAAAUUGGCCAAUCAUGCCUUCCAUGGGGAGAGCUUAAAAAAUAUGAUUCCAGCAAUGAUUGCUAGCGUUGGAACGAUUCUUGAGAAAUGGAAAGAUAAGGAAGGCAAAGAGAUGGAAGUGUUCCAAGAGUUCAGAUUCUUGACUUCGGAAGUGAUAUCCAGAACAGCCUUUGGUAGCAGUUACUUGGAAGGAGAGAAGAUUUUCGACAUGUUGACGAAGUUCACCCUAAUUAUAGGCAGAAAUUUUUAUAAAGCAAAGUUUCCUAUCAUCGGCAAGUUUUGGAAAUCUGCUGAUGAAAUUGAAUCAGAUAAACUUGAGAAAAUGAUACAUGAUUCUGUGAUGAAGAUUGUUAAACAAAGGGAGGAGAAAGUAAUGACCGGAGAAGUUGACAGCUUCGGCCAUGAUUUUCUAGGAUUACUUGUAAAUGCCUAUCAUGAUCCGGAUGAGAAAAACAUGUUUUUGAUACAAGAUAUAAUAGAUGAGUGUAAAACCUUCUAUUUUGCUGGGCAAGAAACAACGAAUUCCUUGCUUGCAUGGACAACCCUACUUUUAGCAAUAUAUACAGAUUGGCAAGACAAAACAAGAGCAGAGGUGAUUGAGGUCUUUGGUAAUCAAAAUCCAAAUUCUGAAGGGAUCACCAAAUUAAAGACUAUGACCAUGAUUAUUAAUGAAACUUUACGGCUCUAUCCUCCUCUAAAUGGCGUGGUAAGAAAGGCAGUAAGAGAUAUCCAAUUAGGACAACUUGUCCUACCUAAUUAUUUAGAUCUUAACAUUCGAUUCAUAGCACUCCACCAUGACCCUGAUUUGUGGGGAGAUGAUGUUCAUCUUUUCAAACCAGAAAGGUUUACUGAAGGGAUUGCCAAAGCUACUAACAAUAAUGCAGCUGCAUUUAUGCCCUUUGGAUUGGGACCUCGAACUUGCGUUGGAAUGAACUUUGCAAUCACUGAAACCAAAAUCGCCCUUUCCAUGAUUCUGCAACGCUACACUUUCACCCUUUCCCCUACCUAUGUUCACGCACCUUUACCCAAUCUUUCACUCAAGCCACAACAUGGGCUUCACGUAUUGUUUCAUUCAUUACAUUAAAAUUUGUAAAAUGUUGUAUUGUAUAAUAAAAUGUGGAUGUGAAACAAUUCCUUGUAAUGUUCAUGGAUUUACUCUAUUUUGCAAUCAUAUGAUGAUAUAUGGUUUGGGGAUUUCA